GCUUUAAACGGAGGCCAUCUUCGAUUCGCCAUUGCCGAACCAGACCCACCUCUCCCUCGCUCUCUCUCUAUAUCUAUCUGUAUCUCCCCACCAUCGACUUCCAUGUUCUUCCUCUUGUAUACUCGAUCCUGUUAAAUAAAAUGAUAUUUUGAGAUACUCAUAGCUGUAAUAAAUUCUUGAAAGGGUUUAGGGUUAGUAAAAGGAUCUUCAUUCCGGAAGGACGAUUCAUCAUCCAGUUUAAGCCAGAUUUGGUUGAGAUUGUUUAUACUCCGAGGUUCAACGAAUUUCAGCAACCUUGAUUUGUGGCUGAAAAGUAGAGAUGGCAUCCAAAUCAAGACCUAGAACAAUAAGCGUGUAUCUUUACAUCCCCAACAUCAUUGGAUACAUUAGAGUUCUGAUGAAUUGCUUUGCCUUUGGGAUAUGCUUUUCCAAUAAAGAGCUUUUUUCAAUUCUCUAUUUCAUCAGCUUUGUUUGCGAUGCCUUGGAUGGUUGGUUUGCCCGCAAAUUCAAUCAAGUUUCAACCUUCGGAGCUGUUCUGGACAUGGUUACAGAUAGGAUAAGCACUGCAUGUCUUCUGGUUAUUCUCUCCCAAGUUUACAGGCCUAGCUUUGUUUUUCUGUCAUUGCUUGCACUGGAUAUUGCAAGCCAUUGGUUGCAAAUGUACAGUACUUUCUUGGUUGGCAAAUCUAAUCAUAAAGAUGUGAAAGACAGCACCAGUUGGUUAUUUAAGUUAUACUAUGGAAACAGGAUGUUUAUGGGGUACUGCUGUAUAGCUUGUGAGGUUCUUUACAUAACUUUGUUUCUUCUUGCAAAGGAAAAUGAAAAGAUGAUCGAUGUUUUGAUGGGUGCUGCACAACAAAGUAUAAUAUAUUCUGCAUUACUUGCUUUGCUUCUCUUUGGAUGGGCAAUCAAGCAAUUAGUCAAUAUUAUACAGAUGAAGACAGCAGCAGAUUUAUGUGUGCUAUACGACCUCAACAAAAAGCACAAGGCGUAGCGAUUGAAGCAGAUCUCGAUGACUAUUUGAUUAGGUUUGAUGUCGAGGAGGAACUUAUAUAUCUUUCUUAGAAGUUGCUCAAAUUGUUCUACUAUUCGAAAAUACUGAUAAAAUAGCAGAAGAGAAUCUUUAAGGCCUUGUGUAUACUCACUCUCACUGACUGCCCUCUUGUAGUUCAUAACUCCCUUUACUUUUUAAACUGUUACUUCCUGUUUUCUUACAAGAGGAGAGGAGAGGAGA